ACCCUACUCACACAGCAAAAUACACCGAGAAAAAGAAAACAAACAACACGAAAAAAACAUACAACACGACGACUUCGUCAUCAAAAUAAUAGCGGUACGACGACGUCAGUCAGUUGCAAAGUGGUUGUUAAAGAGAAUAAAACGUGAAAAUUAACAAGUGGAGAAGAAUUUUAAAGUGAAAAAUAAAUGGAAAUUAAAAAAAUUUUAUUGAUAAAAUUCGACCAAGGGAAAAAUUAAAUAAACAAAUAUAAAUUAUUUAUUUCAACAAAGUAAAGAUAAUAAUAGUAUUUUAAUAUAAAACAACAGCAAAUACUACAAUUAAUAUCAAAGUGAAAAUUUUACAACAACAAUAUACGAAAAAAAAAAGUUGGGAAAAAUUAUACAGUGACAUAUUAGCUUAAAAUGUACAUAUUUGGAAUUGAAUAAAAAGUGAAAAAUAUAUAAAAUUUUUUUUAUUUGAUACUUUUUUUCCGCAAAACCUGAUUUUUUUCCAUUUCUAAAGAAAUAUUGAAAAAAUCCAUUUAUUAAUUGAAGAUCAACGCAAAACAGUUAAAAAAAGAGAGAAAAAAGAAAGAAAAAACCAAUAUGAAAGUAAUUGGAAAUUGAAAAACGAAAACGUAGUGGAAAAAUUAAUAAAAAGUGUUUAAUUAUUAGAAUAUUUUUGUUUAAACAACACCUGCUUGAAGAAAACAUACAAAAGAAAUUUCUCUAUUUGUGCAAUUAAAUACAUCAAUAAGUGAAUAAAUUGUAUCUUUGAAAUUUUGUAUCUACAAUUUGCAAAUCAAAAGUAUCUUUUCUAUGCAGAAACAGUAGCCAGCCGCAGCAACAGCAGCAUCAUCAUCAGUGAUAACUCAACUGACUGGGCAAAAUAAUAAAAUAAAAAAAUAAUAAUAUUAAUCAAUUUGCUGAUAACCUGUUAAUAUUUGUUUGAACAAAGAAGGCGCUUCAGAAGGCAAAUAUAACCUCACAACACACAAACAAUAAAAUGGCCAAGAAAUAAAAACUUUCUUUAAAGAAAACCCAAUAAUAGCAACAAUUGAAUAGGUUAUAAACCGCCCUUUACCCCCGGCCCGAUCAUAAAAGAAAAUUUAUACGCAGAAUAAGGAAUUUCUACACAAACAACAACGGCUACGCCAACGUUGUAUAAUAUUGAAAAGAAAUAAUCGAAUUUUUUUUAACAAAAUACAAUUAAACAAAAAAAAUACAACAAUUACCGUCAUUUAAACCGAUAACCAGGAAAAUCGCAAACAAAAAAGAACAGCAACAAAACGGGCUGAUAUAUAAUUUUAAUACUACUAACAAAAUCCAUUUGUACUGUGCUUGCUAUUCAUUCUCUAAUUGACUGUCCAGCAAACAGUCCACAAACAACUUAACCAAAUAACCAGAAGAAACAAUCUUUUUUUCCGAAGGAAUAACAAAUUAUUCGCGUAUUUCAAAAUGAAUAGUUUAGUAAAAGUUUUCAGUAAUUUUCGAGAAUUCUAUAGUGAAAUCAAUGGAGCCACUUUAACGGGGGCCAUUGAUGUAAUUGUAGUAGAACAGCCAGAUGGUGAAUUCCAAUGUUCACCAUUUCAUGUACGUUUCGGUAAAUUGGGUGUUCUAAGGAGUCGUGAGAAAGUGGUCGACAUUGAAAUCAAUGGAGAACCCGUAGAUAUUCACAUGAAAUUGGGAGAAUCUGGUGAAGCUUUUUUUGUUGAAGAAUGCCCCGAAGAAGAUGUUGAAGAAUUACCCGAUAAUUUGGCCACAUCGCCAAUACCAUCAAAUCAUUUUCCUGAAAAAUAUUUAAACAGCAAUAAGAUUGAAAAUGAUAAUAAUAAUGAUAAAGAAAAAAAAGCUAGUGAUGAACUACAGUUGCCAUUACCAUUGCCUAGACGUAAUUCCAUAGAUUUUUCCAAGGAGUCACCCAAGGAAGAUGAAACCUCAGAUAAAUUUGAAAAUCAAGUUUCUGAUUACAGUCACAGAAGACAUACUGAUAAUGUCUUGGAAAGACCCAAUUUAAGCAAAAAAAUCAAUGAGUAUACCACUCAAAAAUUAAGACAAGAAUGGGCAGAACAUGAAGAAAUCUUUCAAUUUGAUGCCCUAGAUAAAGAUAAGGACUGGAGUAAUAGCACUCAAACUGAAGAUAAACCUAUAGAAUUUGUUGCCAAAGAAGAGCCAACUCUAUUGCAAGAAACUACUAAUCAAUCAACAAACAUUGAUACAACUUUAACACCCCAAACCAAUGAAGAGACUAAAUUACCCACACCCUCCAUAUCCAUAACAAAUGCAGCUAAUCAACAGCAACAAUUAGAAUUAAUCAAUUCUAAUAAUAACAGCAUUAAGGAUGAAUCGAAGAGUAAAAAGAAACGCCGCAAGAAGUCACAAAUGAAAAAGAAAAAUGCUCAACGUAAAUCAUCAUCCAGCAGUUCGGUGGGCAGUAAUACACCACAAGAUAAUGGCGUCAUAAACGAUGACAACAAACAGGCCGAAGAUGCUGAUACUAGUUCUAUAUCGAUCUCAAAUAAUACCACCAAUUCAUCGAAUGAUGAAGCUUCACCCAAAUCGGGUGAACAAGUUUCAGCUGGUUUGGUAACCGCUAUGGGCGGUGAUGAAAGUCCCAUUUCGGAGACUUGUCAAACGUCGCCCAUAACUCCCAGUACAACACGUAUACCCGAUUUGGAUAUACAUUUCUUUUCGGAUACAGAAGUUACCUCAUCGGGUGGUAAUGGUCCCUUGGGUGCAGGACGUGGUGCUGGCCGCCCUUCUACACCCAUACAAAGUGAUAGUGAAUUGGAGAUUUCUAUGCGUGAAAAAGAAACCGAUAGUGAUUUAAUGACUAACUCAGCCUCCUGGAAAUGGGGUGAAUUACCCACACCCGAGCCCAAAGAUCAAUCGGACAAUCAGGCAGCUCAGGCCCAGGCUAAACGCAAUUCAAUGCUUAGCAAUAUGUUUAAUUUCAUGAAGAAUAACAAUAAAUUGCGUAAAAAUGCCACAGAUGGUGGUGUGUAUUUAUCCGAUUUAGAUACCGAAACCAUGGAUCCAGAAAUGAUGGCCAUGUAUUUCCCCUCAGCCUCUUCCAAAGAAACCUCACCAGCCAUACCUGCUCUACACUGUAAUGAAGAUGAUCGUGAGAGCGGUAAUGGCACUUCCUUGCCACAUUCGCCCAGUUCUUUGGAGGGUCAGAAAAGUCUAGAUUCUGAUUAUGAAGAUGGCAAACUGCAAGAGGGCAAAUACUUAGAUUUUGUUGCCAUGUCUUUGUGUGGUCUUCAGGAAAAAGGUGAUCCAUCUGAUGAAGAAUUUGAACGUCAUUGCAUUAAAUAUAAAGAUGUCUGUGAAAAUCCCAGCAUCUUCUCAUCGCCUAAUUUAGUUGUACGCCUAAAUGGUAAAUACUACAGCUGGGCGGCUGCAUGUCCAAUUGUCAUGACCAUAAUAACAUUCCAGAAGCCUUUAACUAAUGAUGCAGUUGACCAGUUAAUGGUUAAUGCUAAACAAGAUGCAGUAGCUGCCGCAGCCGCUGUUAGUAAGGCUGAAGUUGAUGGUGGCACUCCAACUGGUACCCAAAAUCAAGCCAAACGUUCUUGGUGGUACUGGAGACGUUCACAAAAUGUCAACAACACCGCUAGUGUUGUAAACAAUGCCUCAAAGACUGGUAAACUAGAUGAGAAACAGGAAGAGAAAGAAAAUGAUCAAAAUGCUGUAGCUACCCAAACAACACGUCCCAAUUCUCCCGAUAUUAGUGAUCGUACUUUAAGUAAAACUGAUUCUACUAUGAAUGCUGAAAAUACUUCGGCUCUUAUGGAUAAUAUGGAAGAUUUAUCACAGGCCUCGUCGAAGAGUGAAUCGUCUGAUAAUAAAAAUAAAUUGGAACGUUAUAAGAAGUCGUUGCGUUUAAGUUCGGAGUCUAUUAAAAAACUCAACCUUAAAGAGGGUAUGAACGAAAUAGAAUUUAGUGUUACCACCGCCUACCAGGGUACCACACGCUGUAAAUGCUAUUUAUUCCGCUGGAAACAUAAUGACAAAGUUGUCAUUUCCGAUAUCGAUGGUACCAUCACCAAAUCCGAUGUCUUAGGUCACAUUUUACCGAUGGUCGGUAAGGAUUGGGCUCAAUUGGGUGUCGCUCAACUAUUCUCGAAAAUUGAACAAAAUGGCUAUAAGCUAUUGUAUUUGUCAGCACGUGCUAUUGGCCAGUCGAGAGCAACACGUGAAUAUUUACGUUCCAUUCGUCAGGGUGAUGUUAAACUACCCGAUGGUCCAUUAUUAUUAAAUCCAACAUCAUUGAUAUCGGCAUUCCAUCGUGAGGUAAUCGAACGUAAACCGGAACAAUUUAAAAUUGCCUGUUUAUCUGAUAUUAGAGAUUUAUUCCCUAAUAAGGAUCCAUUCUAUGCUGGUUAUGGUAAUCGUAUUAAUGAUGUUUGGGCUUAUCGUGCUGUUGGUAUACCCAUUAAACGUAUAUUCACCAUUAACACUAAAGGAGAAUUGAAACAUGAAUUAACACAAACAUUCCAAUCUUCUGGUUAUAUCAAUCAAUCACUAGAAGUAGAUGAACAUUUUCCUUUAUUGGACAAUGAUGAUUAUGAUUAUAAAACGGAUAUUUUCGAUGAUGAUGAAGAGGAGGAAGAACUCAAGUUUAGUGAUACCGAAAGUGAUGAUGAAAUUUUCAGUGAUGAAUAUGCUGAUGAUCAAGAUGAUGGUAUAGUCGUGGAUGUAUCAGAAUCAUUAAGUCUUACAGCAUCGAUUAAUUCACAAACCCCCAUUGGAAAUGAUGGUAAUCAAACGCCCGUAACAGUAGCUGCAGCUGUGACUAUCAAUACCUCACUUUAUGUCAAAUGAGGCUACUAAUGUCUUUAUGAAACGAGCAAAUUAUGAACAAAAAAUAAGAAAAUUGUACAUUUUUUAUUGUAAUGUACAUACAUGCAUACAUUCAUGGAUAUGUAUGUUUAUCUAGUGUGUGUUUUUUUUCGACAACUAAAUUGUGAUAUUCAUUACCUGGUUAUUUGUAUGCAAUGGAAUUGCUUUUUUAUAUAUUUAAAUUAAUAAAACAAUUUAAAAACUAUUUAUGUAUAUUUUUUAAAGUAUAUUUAAGCUAUUAAAUAGUUGUGUGUGUUUAGAACAUAAUUUCUAAUGUUAAAACAAUUAAAAAAAUCUAUUAUUUAGUUUUAAGUAAAGAAAAAGUAUUGUUUUUGUUAUCUUUUUAAACAAAAUAUCUAUAAAAUCUAUCCAUAUUAUACUUUUAGUUAUUUAAUCUUUUAAGUUUAACUAUUUUGUUAAUCCUUACAAAAUAAAAAGGUGUUUUAUUUUAUAUUAUAAAUUUGUAAAUCCACAUAUCUUUAGUUGAAAAUAAAUGUGAUGAAAUUUUAAAAA